GCAGUGCGGACGGAAGUGGCGUCACAUUGUGGUUCUCAGUCUUCUCCCUUCCGUUUGUUUCGUUGCUGGAAGUGGGCUCUCAGUUUUCACAUUGCGGUAGAGGAAGAACCGAACGGGAACAGGAGGCGCCUGGCAGCUGAGCAACUGCUGAAAUAACCAUGUCUGGUUUCGUGGAGAGUGAAGCGGAGGAGUCUGAGGAGGAGUACAAUGAGGAUGGAGAGGUGGUACAGAGGACCACUAAGAAGUUUGUAGAGGAGGAGGAUGAUGAUGAGGAGGAGGAAAACCCAGAGGAUCAGGAUGAACAAGGAAAUUUGAAAGGUUUUAUUAACGAUGAUGAUGAUGAAGACGAGGAAGAAGAGGAGGAGGACAGAAGCGGUUCUGAUGCGUCGGAGGAUGACGUCGGUCACAAGCCAAAAAAGAGAUCGUUUGAUGACAGACUGGAAGACGAUGAUUUCGAUCUAAUUGAGGAGAACUUGGGUGUUAAAGUCAAACGUCAAAAGUUCAGGCGUGUGCGAAAGAUGUCCGAGGAUGAGGAUGAGGAGGAAGAUGCUGGGAAGGAAGAGCAUGAGAAAGAAGCCAUUGCUGACGAAAUCUUUCAGGAUGGAGAAGAUGAGGAUAGGCAUGAUUCACAUGGUGACCAACCAGUUAUUGAUGGUGAUGGGGAGGAAGAGGAGGAUGACGAAGAGUCUGACAUCGAUGACUUCAUUGUUGAUGAUGAUGGGCAACCAUUAAAGAAACCUAAAUGGAGAAAGAAGCUUCCAGGAUAUACUGAUGCGGCUUUGCAGGAAGCCCAGGAGAUCUUCGGUGUGGACUUUGAUUUUGACGAUAUUGAAAAGUACAAUGAGGAGGAUGAAGAGAUGGAAGAAUAUGAAUAUGAAGAUGAUGAAGCAGAAGGAGAAACGCGUGUCCGUCCCAAGAAGACUGCUAAGAAACGCGUGAGCAGGCGAAGCAUUUUUGAAAUCUAUGAACCCAGUGAACUGGAGAGUAGUCACCUGACCGAUCAAGAUAACGAGAUCCGAACAACAGAUCUUCCAGAAAGAUUCCAGCUACGUACCAUUCCUGUUAAAGCUGCUGAAGAGGAUGAGCUCGAAGAAGAGGCUGAAUGGAUUUACAGAAAUGCUUUUUCUACACCAACAAUCUCUCAACAGGAGAGCUGGGAUUACCUGGAACGUGGACAAGUUGGUGCCAGUUUUAGUCGCAAAGGACCCAGUACUAUACAGAAAAUCAGAGAAGCACUUAAUUUCAUGAGGAAUCAGCACUUUGAGGUUCCUUUUAUUGCAUUCUACAGAAAAGAAUACGUGGAACCAGAGCUCAAUAUUAAUGAUUUGUGGCGUGUCUGGCAAUGGGAUGAGAAGUGGACCCAACUUCGAUUGAGAAAGCAGAAUCUGAUGCGCCUGUUUGAGAAGAUGCAGGCCUAUCAGUAUGAGCAGAUUGCUGCAGAUCCGGAUAAGCCACUUUCUGAUGAGAUAAGACCUCUGGAUAUGGCAGACAUGGACAGGCUGAAAGAUGUCCGGUCAAUGGAUGAAUUAAAGGAUGUGUAUAACCAUUUCUUAUUGUACUAUGGGAGAGACAUUCCGAAAAUGCAAAAUGCAGCCAAGUCCAGCCAGAAGAAGUUGAAACGCAUCCCUGAAGAAGGCGAGGAGGAAGGGGCUGAGCCUGUAGAACAAGAGGAGGAGCAGAAGGGACCAGAGUUAAAGCAGGCUUCCCGUAGAGACAUGUAUUCUAUCUGUCAAGGAGCUGGUCUUGAUGGCUUGGCAAAGAAGUUUGGUCUGACACCAGAGCAGUUUGGAGAAAACUUGCGAGACAGUUACCAGAGGCAUGAGACUGAGCAAUUUCCAGCUGAGCCUUUAGAGCUUGCCAAAGAUUAUGUGUGCAGUCAAUUCACAACGCCUGAGGCAGUUCUCGAAGGAGCCCGUUAUAUGGUGGCACUGCAGAUUGCUAGAGAGCCGCUGGUUAGACAAGUCCUGAGACAGACCUUCCAGGAACGGGGCAAAAUCAACAUCGUGCCAACCAAGAAAGGCAGAAAGGAAGUAGAUGAAGCCCAUUAUACGUAUGCUUUCAAAUAUCUGAAAAAUAAACUUGUGAAGGAGCUUCGGGAUGAUCAGUUUCUCAAGAUGUGCAUUGCUGAAGAGGAGGGUUUGAUUACCAUUGAGAUCAGCAUUGAUAUGAAGGAUGUGGAGGGCUUUGGAAAUGAACAGACCUAUUUUGAGGAGAUCAAGCAAUUCUACUACAGAGAUGAGUUCAGCCACCAAGUGCAGGAGUGGAACAGGCAGCGCACACUGGCUAUUGAAAGGUCCCUAAAGCAGUUCCUCUACCUUCAAAUGGGCAAAGAGUUGAAAAGUAAGCUUCUCCUUGAGGCCAAAGAAUAUGUUAUUAAGGCAUGCAGCCGUAAAAUGUACAACUGGUUGAAGGUGGCCCCAUACCGGCCAGAUCAACAAGUGGAGGAAGAUGAUGAUUUUAUGGAGGAUAACCAAGCCAAAGGAAUCCGUGUACUGGGCAUAGCUUAUUCUUCAGCAAGAGACAAUCCUGUUUUUUGCUCUUUAAUUAAUGGGGAAGGUGAGGUCACUGACUUCCUGCGUUUGCCAUACUUUACGAACAGAAAGAAUGCUUGGAGGGAGGAGGAGAGAGAGCGUAAGGUACAGGACAUGGAGAAUCUAAAAAAAUUUUUGAUCAGCAAGAAACCUCAUGUUGUUGCCAUUGCCAGUGAGAAUCGAGAUGCACAAAUGAUGAUUGACGAUAUUAAACGCAUUGUUCAUGAGCUAGAGCAAGCACAACAGAUGUCUUCUAUUGGGGUGGAGAUGAUUGAUAAUGAGCUGGCUGUUUUGUAUAUGAACAGUAAAAAAUCAGAGAGUGAUUUCCGGGACUAUCCCCCAGUUUUACGCCAGGCAGUUUCUAUUGCUCGCCGUAUCCAGGACCCCCUGAUUGAAUUUUCCCAGGUUUGCAGCACUGAUGACGACAUCCUAUGUCUUAAACUCCACCCAUUGCAGGAUCAAGUAGUAAAAGAGGAACUGUUAAAUGCCCUGUAUUUUGAAUUCAUCAAUAGAGUAAAUGAGGUGGGAGUGGAUGUUAACAGAGCUAUUGCUCAUCCAUACACACAGUCCCUGAUCCAGUAUGUGUGUGGCCUUGGACCACGUAAAGGCGCUCAUUUGUUGAAGAUUCUCAAGCAAAACAAUACACGUCUAGAAAAUCGUACUCAGCUGGUUACAAUGUGUCAUAUGGGUCCCAAAGUUUUUAUCAACUGUGCUGGUUUCAUCAAAAUUGACACAAACUCUCUUGGUGAUAGUACGGAUUCCUAUAUUGAAGUAUUGGAUGGCUCACGAGUGCACCCGGAAACCUAUGAGUGGGCACGCAAAAUGGCGGUUGAUGCUUUAGAGUACGAUGAGUCUGCUGAAGAUGCCAAUCCUGCAGGAGCCCUGGAAGAGAUUUUAGAAAAUCCAGAGAGGCUGAAGGACCUGGACUUGGAUGCUUUUGCUGAAGAACUUGAGAGACAGGGCUAUGGUGAUAAACAUAUCACAUUGUAUGAUAUUCGAGCUGAGCUAAGCUGCAGGUACAAAGAUCUUCGAACAACUUACAGGUCAGCUAACCCUGAAGAGGUCUUUAACAUGCUGACUAGAGAAACACCAGAGACGUUUUAUAUAGGUAAAUUGAUCACUUGCUGCGUUACUGGUAUUGCGCAUAGACGACCCCUAGGAGAAAGUUACGACCAAGCUAUAAGGAAUGAUGAGACGGGGCUUUGGCAGUGUCCAUUUUGCCAACAAGAUAACUUCCCAGAGCUUAGUGAGGUGUGGAAUCAUUUUGACAGCGGCUCUUGCCCUGGUCAGGCUGUCGGUGUUAAAGCCAGGCUAGACAAUGGUGUGAGUGGCUUCAUUCCAACCAAGUUUAUUAGUGAUAAAGUAGUGAAACGGCCUGAAGAAAGAGUAAAGGUGGGCAUGACUGUCCAUUGUCGGAUAAUGAAAGUAAACAUUGAAAAAUUUAGUGUGGACAUGACAUGCAGAACCUCAGACUUGAUGGACAAAAACAAUGAGUGGAAGUUGCCAAAGGACACUUACUAUGACUUUGAUACAGAGGCUGAACAUCUCAAACAAGAUGAAGAGCUGAAGAAGAAACAGCAGCGUACAACUUACAUAAAACGUGUCAUUGCACAUCCUUCUUUCCACAAUAUUAACUUCAAGCAAGCUGAAAAGAUGAUGGAGACAAUGGACCAGGGAGAUGUGAUUAUUCGACCAAGCAGUAAAGGGGAGAAUCAUCUAACAGUCACAUGGAAGGUCAGCGAAGGUAUUUAUCAACACGUGGAUGUACGAGAAGAGGGGAAGGAGAACGCCUUCAGUCUGGGAUCAACGCUCUGGAUUAACACUGAGGAGUUUGAGGACUUAGAUGAAAUUAUUGCUCGAUUCGUGCAGCCCAUGGCAUCUUUUGCAAGAGAUCUUAUAAACCACAAAUAUUACCAAGACUGCAAUUGUGGUGAUAAAAAGAAAUUAGAGGAAUUAUUGAUAAAAACAAAGAAGGAAAAGCCUACAUUCAUUCCAUACUUCAUCUCUGCCAAUAAAGAGCUCCCAGGCAAAUUUUUGCUAGGAUAUCAGCCCCGAGCUAAGCCAAGGGUUGAGUACGUCACUGUAACACCAGAAGGUUUCAGAUACAGAGGACAGAUAUUCCCUACAGUCAAUGGCCUAUUCCGAUGGUUUAAAGAUCACUACCAAGAACCUGUACCAGGUAUUACCCCUAGUAGUAGCAGUAGAACUAGAACUCCGGCCUCCAUGAGUGCCACCCCUGCCAAUAUUAAUCUUGCAGAUCUGACUCGUGCUGUGAAUGCUCUUCCACAAAACAUGACCUCCCAGAUGUUCAAUGCUAUUGCUGCUGUUACUGGACACGGGCAAAAUCCCAAUGCGACACCAGCCCAAUGGGCAUCCAGCCAGUAUGGUUAUGGUGGAGGCAGUGGAGGUGGAAGCAGUGCUUACCAUGUUUUUGCAACUCCAGCACAGCAGCCUAUGGCUACACCUCUAAUGACCCCCAGCUACUCUUAUGCUACUCCCAGCCAACCUAUUACAACACCACAGUACCAUCAACUACCACCAAGUGCUACACCAACCCCGGCACCUACACCACAGUCCUCUCAUUCACAGAGUUCGUCAUCAAGUUCCCGACACAGACAACAAACCAAGAGCAGUAGCCAGACACCUAUUGACUGGGGUAAAAUGGCUGAGCAGUGGCUGCAUGAAAAGGAGGCAGAGAGGCGAAAACAGAAGCAGCGGUUAACCCCCCGUCCAUCACCAAGUCCUAUGAUUGAGAGUACACCCAUGUCUGUCGCAGGAGAUGCCACGCCACUACUGGAUGAAAUGGACCGAUGAGUGCAGGACAUGGGAAACCAACUCAAAGGACACAUGAGAGCAUCACAUUGACCAUUUUGUUUUUGACAGUUGUAUAAAGGUUCUCAAACACGUGGUGGAGGAUGUUACAGUGGGCUGAUACAUCCACUAACCUCCAUGAGAAGAAUGAACCUUUCCAGUGUAACUCUCGUAUUUACUUAAGCGCUUGAAAUCAUGCUUUAGCACCAAGCGUCAAUAUCAGAUUGUUUUCAUAUUAAAGUAUUGGUUUACUUCCAGGAAAGGGAGGUCAAAGUGCUAAGUCGGCCUCAGUAGAAAAACAGUUAUGUUUUUAUGGGCUAUGUUUUAAACAUAGGAUAAGCUUCACUGUUCUUUUUUUAAAUGCAUAUUCUGCCAAAGAAUGCAAAAUAAAUGGAGAGGUCUGAAGCUAAGAUCUCAAGUCUCAAAUAAAUUUGAUGCUCAUGUUGACUGGCUGGAGCCAUUUUAUAAAGAUAUGUGGAACUAGAGGCUGAUUGGAAGCAUUAAGCGACUGAGGGCAGACAAUACGGCCUUUUCUAAUAUCCUCUAAAAA